GAUACUGAUGCAACUGUCUAACUCAAUGACAAAAUUUUGCUCUGCUGAGAAACCAACUCGCCGCUAACAGGCUAUUUUUAAUUCAAAGCAACUAUAUAAUCAAACAACCAAGGGAACGUGCACAUCGUCGCUUUGAAUCUAUAUGUUGAUAUUUCUGGGACGUGUCACCUUGAUUUCUGACUGAAUUUUUGAACACCGGCUCAGCCAAGGGAAGCGUGACCAGUAAUACUCAUAUAUUUCCUGUGAAAAAUACUAUCGUAUCCGGCCCUUAUCCGAGGCAGGUUACCUACGCAUGAAGAUGUUUUAACUGCCGGUUAUGUGUUACGCGUAGUUUUGAAAUGGGAGUAGUACUGCGGAACCUCCAAAAGGUGGUGCCUCUUCGUCGAGCCAGACUACGUAAGGAUGUCGACACGCUGAGACACAUACUGGGCAUCCAGAAAUUUGACCUGGGCGUCAUUUGUGUCGAUAACGACAGGAUUCAACAAAUUAAUAACACAUACAGAAAGAAAAAUGUACCCACGGAUGUUCUUUCAUUUCCAUUUUAUGAGGACAUAAGACCAGGUAAGCUGCCUUGCCCUCAUCACAGAGACGAGCUGAACCUGGGGGACAUUUUCUUGGGAGUCGAGUUUGUGAUGAAGCAAUGCCAAGAGGAGUCUCUGGAUCUACAUGGAGCUCUCACUGUUGUCACUGCACAUGGCAUCUGUCACCUGCUGGGUUACAGACAUGAGACAGAGGAAGACUGGACUGAGAUGCUACAGAAAGAAAACUACAUUCUGAGUGAAUUCAACAGACUAACUGGGCGACACCUUGAGCCACUGAUGAAGAGAUGCAGUCAAGAUAGGUGACAUCAAUGGACACUGUGUUCUAAAUGCUACAUUCAAACUAUGGUGCUUAGUUGUUGUUUGUACUCCAUCCUGUAAUCUUGUAUUUUAAGGCUCCAUGAUUUAUAACCAAAUGUGAGGGCACAAAUCCAAGAUCAGAAUUUGCUAAAACUGUUUUUGGAGGACAUGACACACAUCUCUUGAUGCUGUUCUAACUUGUUGAGUUCUGAAAGACUAAAUUAAAAAGGUCUCUUCACUUUCACUGAAAUAUUUUAUUAAAAUCUGUUUAGGAAGAGUCAGUCAUAUAUGAAGGGUAGAAAAGCAAUUCAUUCUUACUUCACAAACACAUUUUGCCUUCUUCACACUGGAUUUGGGACAGGAUGUUCAAGAACGCACCUUGUUAUACAGACAUGGACAAAAGUCUAAUUUAUGAAUAAGACAAUCAUAACUGAGUUUAUGUAUGAUGCAACAGAAUACUGUACUUCUGGAAGGUUUGCUAAUAAAUUGCCUUCUUUUCUCCCACA